UGCAGGUCAGGUCAUUCAGCUGCGCACCAGAGUAUAUCAACCACACCCUUUCCCCGGCAUAUUGUCUGCUGUUUUUUCUUCUUUUCUUUUCCACUCUUCCAUCACGGACUUCCAUCACCCGCCUCUUCUCCCACCCUUUCUUCCUUAUUGUAGCUAUUACCAUAGGAAAAGAAAGACCGUUUUCGCCCAUCUUUAUCGUCUCUCUCUCUUCCCUGUCUGACCUCCAGUGACAACAAUCGCCCGCGACUCGUUCGUCACCUGGGUUGACCAAUUUGGAUCCGACUCUUUCAGUCACCCCUAAAGCUCCCACGACAGCAACCACAUGUACAACACGACAUCGGCGUCUUCCGACACCCUGAUCAACUCGGCACAAAACGAGGCCUACUUGUGCCGAGUCAUACACGAGCACCAAAUUUGAGAAGAGCAGGCGACUUCAAGUCUUUGCGCUUGCUCCAAAGACGUAGGAAAGACUUGAGCGAGUCAUUGUCAAUUGUCUUAUACACAAGGAAAACAACGACUCGUCUUAACUACGAAACAGUUUGAACAGAAUACAUCCUCACCGCUCCUCUUAUUGGAGCUGAACUGGCACCUACGGUAGACGUUAUACCUCUGAGACCCGAGAUUGAGCUCUUGCUAUACAAACGGUCAAUAGAAGUUCUCCAUCAGCGUUUCACAAGUAUUGUUACCACAAAGUAGCAAUAUCGUCACAAAAGUGACUUUUGGAACUUGGGAUCCACCGGCUCACCACCCCACACUCCGUUGCCCAAAAUGGCCAACAACACCAUCACCCCCUCCAGCUCCGAGCCGGAAAUGACCCAAAUCAAAAGUUACGGCGCCACCACCCUCGUCACCGCCGAGCAGACCACCUCCAACACCAGCGGCGCCGCUCCCAACAACAAUGCUGUCCUCACCGGCCUUGACGAACCUGACCUCGUCGCCCUCGGCAUCCAGAAGCUCGAAGCGCAAAACGUGCACUGGUACUCGUACCUCCUGACCGUCGACUUCUGGCUGGUCAUCCUCAUCGGGCAAAUUCUCUCUCUCUGCAUCACGGCAACCAACACCUUCUCCUCUUUCCUUAGCGAGCUGGGAACCUCGAUCCCCGCCAUCCAGACCAUCUUCGUCUACGCCUUGAUCUUUCUCGUCUACUUCCCGAUUGCCCUUUACAAGACGGGCGGCCCUCGCAAGUUCUUUGAGCAAACCUGGCGCAACAGCUGGAAGUACAUCAUUCUCAGUUUUCUCGAUGUCGAAGGCAACUAUUUCACCGUCUUGGCCUACCGCUACACCAACCUCUUGUCCGCACAACUCCUCAACUUCUGGUCCAUUGUCUGCGUCGUCAUCAUCUCCUUUGCCCUCCUCAAAGUGCGGUACAAAUGGUUCCAGAUCGGCGGCAUCCUGAUUUGCUGCGGCGGCAUGGGCAUCCUGCUGGCUUCGGACCACAUCACCGGUUCCAACGGAGGUCCCGGAGUGAACAUGCUCAAGGGCGACCUCUUUGGCCUCUUGGGCGCCACCUUGUACGGCAUCUCCAAUGUCUACGAAGAGUGGUUCGUUUCCAAACGGCCCGUGUACGAAGUCCUUUCCUUCCUGGGCUUUUUCGGCGUCAUCAUCAACGGCGUCCAGGCCGCCAUUUUCGACCGACAGGCCGCCACCGACGCUACCUGGAACGGCCCUGUGGCCGGCUAUCUAGUCGGUUACACUUUUGCCAUGCUGAUUUUCUACUCCCUCGCUCCCCUGAUUUUGCGCAUGGGCAGCGCCGCCUUUUUCGAUAUUUCCCUGUUAACGGCCAACUUCUGGGGCGUCAUUGUGGGUGUCAAGGUGUUCCAUUAUGUCAUUCACUUUAUGUAUCCGAUCGCGUUUGUGUGCAUUAUCUUGGGACUGGUGGUGUAUUUCCUGGCUGGAAGCGUGCUGGGCGAUUCCAAGAAGCCGUGGUUGGGCGCAGAUCAGAGUGAGGGUGUGGCAGGCGUGGGGACGGCCAAGUUAAAGGCGUUGAAUGCGGCGAGGCAGAAGGCCCUGGCUGAUGGGGAGGCUGGAGCGAGGGUGUGAUUGGACAUUUGGCGUAUGUGAGGGGGCGAGGGAAGGAAGCGAGGUGUAUAAAGACUGGCCAAGUUGAAUCUCGGCGAGGGUGGGUGUGAGUGAAUGAUCCAAGCGGGACGAAGAGGGUGUGAACGAUGGAUGAAAAAGUCUUAUUUGAUAAGGAGUGGUCGUCUCGAUAACCUUUUGUCAGAAGGAGUUGAGUUAAUUGGAGGACAGUUGAGAGUUGGGUGGCCAAGAGUCGCUGACGGAAUGGUGCUUAAAAACCGUUCAUUUCAUGUCAAGCAGAAGUGGAGGCACCCGUCCUCUGGGAUAUGAUAAUGAUACAAAAUUGGGGUUGAAUAUGAUAGGAGGUAAUACGUAGAUCGAGAAUAUCAGAUUGGGAACAAAUGACGAACCCGACUUGUUUGACUAGCGA